CAAGGUGGGAGAAGUACUUCUGUAUUACUGUUACUGUGAGGUGAAGGAUCCCCAGAAACUCUGUGCGUGGCAGAAGGCGCUCUGCCAGCAUCUGCACCUCACUGGCAAGAUACGAGUUGCUUCAGAGGGGAUUAAUGGGACAGUUGGAGGAAGCACAGCAGCUACCAAGCUCUACGUUGAAGUUAUGCUUUCCCAGCCUCUGUUCAAAGACGUUUUGUGUCAGGAGGAUUUCAAGAGCAGUGCCGGAGGAGCUCACUGUUUCCCAGACCUUCGAGUUGGAGUAUUCAAAGAAAUUGUACCUAUGGGCAUUGAUCCAGCAACGGUGUCUUACAAAGAAACGGGAAUCCAUUUAUCCCCUCAGGAAUUUCACAGAGAAGUAGAACAGUAUUUGUCUCAGGCCAGCCAAGGAGAGAGCGAUACCAUCCUGCUGGACUGCAGGAACUUCUACGAAAGUAAAAUAGGACGUUUCCAGGGCUGUCUGGCCCCAGAUAUCAGGAAGUUCAGCUAUUUUCCCAGCUACGUCGAUGAAAACCUGGAGAUUUUUAAAGACAAGCGUGUCCUCAUGUACUGCACGGGGGGGAUUCGCUGUGAACGGGGCUCGGCCUACCUACGGAGCAAGGCUGCCUGCAGAGAGGUUUACCAGCUGAAAGGUGGAAUUCACAAGUACCUGGAAGAGUUUCCAGAUGGAUUCUACAGGGGGAAGCUGUUUGUGUUUGACGAUCGCUACGCCAUUUGUUCCAAUGCAGACAUCGUCUCAGCGUGCAGGUACUGUGGGACGCUGUGGGACCAGUAUAAACUUUGUUCCAGCCAGCACUGCCGGCAGCUUGUCCUGACGUGUCCAGGGUGUCGCAACAAAGGUCUUACAGCUUGCUGUCCUGUUUGUCAGGAGAAGGAGCUCACGGUGAUGUCACGGGCUUCCGGACAGGCACUUAAGGAGGAAUGUGAGUGUACAAAGAGACGGCCAAGGGUGCCUGUUGAACAGCUCUCGCACCGGGCGCUGGACGCAGGGAAAGAUUAA